GACGGAGCGGGCGGAUCCCGACGGGACCCGGUGACGUGUCUUGCGUUACAGCUGCCCGGCCCGGCGCGGCUCUUUGCCGGCCUGGGUUUGGCGUGUCGGGCAAGAGAAGAAAGGGCGACGGCGAGAAAGGCGGAGGUGUCACCGGAAGGCGCCUGUUAGACACCUCGGUUGCUUUGGAAGGGGGAAGCCCGUCCGCCUGCCUGCCUGCCUGCCCGCCCGCCCUGAGCCAUGUUCAACGUCGAGAGUCUGGAGCGGGCCGAGCUCGGGGAGAGCUUGCUCACUUGGAUCCAGACAUUUAAUGUUGAAGCACCAUGCCAGACUGUAGAAGAUUUAACAAAUGGAGUUGUGAUGGCUCAAGUACUUCAAAAGAUAGAUCCAACAUAUUUUGAUGAAAAUUGGCUAAAUAGAAUAAAAAGAGAAGUAGGAGACAAUUGGAGAUUGAAGGUGAGCAAUCUGAAGAAAAUUUUAAAAGGAAUUUUGGAUUACAACCAUGAAAUUUUGGGGCAACAAAUUAAUGAUUUUAUCCUUCCUGAUGUUAACUUGAUUGGGGAACACUCUGAUGCAGCAGAGCUUGGAAGAAUGCUUCAGCUUAUUUUAGGCUGUGCUGUAAACUGUGAACAAAAACAAGAAUAUAUUCAGACCAUCAUGAUGAUGGAGGAAUCUGUUCAACAUGUGGUCAUGACAGCCAUUCAGGAGUUGAUGAGUAAAGAGUCUCCGGUCACUGCUGGAAAUGAUGGUUACGUUGAUCUUGACCGUCAGUUGAAGAAAACAACGGAAGAAUUAAAUGAAGCCUUAGCAACCAAAGAAGAAAUUGCUCAGAGAUGCCAUGAACUGGAUAUGCAAGUUGCCGCAUUGCAGGAAGAGAAAAGUAGUUUGCUAGCAGAGAACCAGGUCUUAAUGGAACGCUUAAAUCAGUCUGAUUCCAUAGAAGACCCAAACAGUCCAGCAGGACGAAGACAUUUACAGCUCCAGACACAGUUGGAACAACUCCAAGAGGAAACCUUCAGAUUAGAAGCAGCAAAAGAUGAUUAUAGAAUUCGUUGCGAAGAGUUAGAAAAGGAAAUUGCAGACUUACGGCAACAAAAUGAAGAAUUAACAAAUCUGGCUGAAGAAGCUCAAUCUCUGAAAGAUGAGAUGGAUGUAUUAAGGCACUCUUCUGACAAAGUAGCCAAGUUAGAAAGCCAAGUAGACUCGUACAAAAAGAAGCUAGAAGAUCUUGGAGAUCUUCGGAGGCAAGUAAAACUUUUGGAAGAGAAAAACACAAUGUACAUGCAAAACACGGUGAGCUUGGAAGAAGAACUGAGGAAAGCCAAUGCAGCUCGCAGCCAAUUGGAAACAUAUAAGAGGCAGGUGGUUGAACUUCAAAACAGAUUGUCUGAAGAAUCCAAAAAAGCAGACAAACUAGAAUUUGAGUACAAGAUGCUGAAAGAAAAAGUAGAUAGUUUCCAAAAAGAAAAAGAUCGGCUGAAAACAGAAAGAGAUUCUUUAAAGGAAACAAUUGAAGAGAUCCAUUGUAUAAAAGCACAAGAAGGACAACUAACUUCUUCAGGAUUAUUACCUUUGGAAGGUCAAGAAUGUUCUGACAGUUUGGCAGCAGAAAUUAUUACUCCAGAAAUAAAGGAAAAGCUUAUUCGCCUUCAACAUGAAAACAGAGUGCUAAAACUUCACCAGGAGGGCUCUGACAAUGAGAGGAUUGCUUUGCUCCAGAGUCUCUUGGAUGAUGCCAAUCUAAGAAAGAAUGAAUUAGAAACAGAGAACAGGCUUGUAAACCAGAGAUUGCUUGAAGUACAAUCUCAGGUUGAAGAAUUGCAGAAGUCUUUGCAGGAUCAAGGAUCAAAAGCUGAAGAUUCAGUCAUUCUGAAAAAGAAACUUGAUGAACAUCUUGAAAAGCUCCAUGAAGCUAAUAAUGAGCUUCAGAAGAAACGGGCAAUCAUUGAAGAUUUAGAACCCCGUUAUAACAAUAGUUCACUCAGAAUAGAAGAAUUGCAAGAAGCUUUGUGUAAAAAAGAAGAAGAAAUGAAGCAAAUGGAAGAACGAUACAAAAAAUAUUUGGAAAAAGCUAAAAGUGUCAUCCGUACUUUAGAUCCCAAACCAAGGUUGGGUUCAGCACCUGAAAUUCAGGCACUGAAGAAUCAACUGCAGGAACGUGAGAGGAUGUUCCAAUCCUUAGAGAAAGAAUAUGAAAAGACAAAGAGUCAAAGAGAAAUGGAGGAGAGAUACAUUGUCAGUGCCUGGUACAAUAUGGGGAUGACUCUUCAUAAAAAAGCAGUAGAAGACAGACUUGCUAGUACUGGUUCAGGACAGUCUUUCCUAGCUAGGCAAAGGCAAGCCACCAGCACAAGGAGAGCUUAUCCGGGCCAUGUCCAGCCAGCCACAGCAAGGUAGAGAGAGUCCUUGCCUUGCCUUUUGAAUGGAAGCCAUCCUGGAAUCAAGACCUACUUCUGUUAUAAGUGACUGUAUUUCAGGAAAACCUAGCCAGCAUUCUUUCAGUAUUGUCUCUUCAUGUCUCAUUUCCAGAAGAGAACUUUUCUUUCUAACUUUCUUCUUUUCUGGAGUCUUCCUUUUCUCUUUUAACGUGCCAAAAUGUUGAAAAACACCCAAUGGAGGAGGGUAUUAAUGGACUAUCCCCAUAUCCCUUUUCAUAUAUAAUUGUCAUCUCUUAAGAAAAACCCUAUAAUGGAUGAAAACAAAUUUUAACUUGUCCCCUGGCUAAACGGUAUGGCGUUCUUCCCAAGGCUACCGGUGCAUUGAAAGAAAUAUGCCUCUUUUGUUUUUCACACUAAUUUGAUCUGUGUAAAUUGGGUAAUGCAAUUUGCAACUGUGCUACGUAGAAAGAUGUGUAACAUUACUUGCAAAGAUUAGAUAGACAUGCUGGCAGAAGUUAUAAGAACCUGAUGAGACAUGUUCAUGGAAUUAUUUUAUGUUGCUGUUACUUCGUUUCCUUUGGCUUCAUCUGGUUGAUUGUUUAAAUGCUGCUUUAAAAAAAAUGCCCUCCAUUACUGAGGAGUGUUUUUGAUAGGUCAAUAAGAAGGAUAAACCCAUUUGACAUUGGCGCUGAUGUCUUCAGGUAGUUAAGAUCAUUCUAACAUGUAAACUUGCUAACCUGUUGUGCUAAGUGAGAUUUCAUGCCUGUACAGUUAUGGAUCUGUCAGAAGCAAGGUUAGUGUUUAUCUGAUUCUGCAAGUUAUGAAUUCUGGUUUCUGAGCUACCGCACCCUUCUCAAAUCUUUGGGAUUAACUCAAGUUAAACUGUUCCAUAUAGAUGGAGGUUUCGUUGAAGACUUCAGUAGAGAGGGGUUUUUUUUGCUGUAUGUUUUUUGUAAACUUAAGCUUAUGUUGACUUUUUAAGAAUAUUUCAAGAGCCUUGGCUCUUUGGGUCAAAGGUAAGGUAACAAUCCUGUUUUUCAUUCUGAACUGAAUGGAUCUGGAUUUUAUCACCAUAUUUAGGUAUGGAUAUUAUUCCCCUCAUUUUUGUUAAUACAGUCAUACAGUGCACAAUAAUUUUCUGACUUAAAAGAUACUUGUUUUUAACUCAUUGCCAUCUAAGCACAUGAAAGGAGUUUUUAAAAUCCACUCCUGUAAAGGUGAUAAAAUUAAGACGUAAUGCCAUUAGUCCUUCUGUAGUAGGUUCCAGUAUUUGAUAAAGUAGGCCAGAUGUCCCUACUGCAGAGAAAUCAUUUAAUAAUCAGUGUAUGGCUAAUUCCUUUUGUAGGGUUUUACACCUAUAAGCAAAUUUAUUAGGUAAUCAUGAUUUUUGUGCUGAUGCAAAAAAUAAAUAAAUAAGAUUUUGUUGAUUAAACUUAUUUUGAUAAAGCCUACACAGUACUUACUCUUUCAAGAGUUAACUUGCUCAAGUUAUAUAGACGGUCUAAUAUUCUUAAUUGGCUACUUCUGUGCUUUUGUAUACAAAAACAGAGCAAAACUCAUGUCUGAAGAUGUUUUUUCUGCCAACUAUUAUGGUAAUCUAAUGAAACCUGAUUAUUUAGUCUUGCCUGAAAAAAAACCAUGAAUGUAAUUUUUCAUAAACAGAUCUAUCUUCUCUUCUUUUUCAACUUUCAGCCUCUUCACUAGCUCUCCUUUCUGACUAGUUAUUAUUGAGGUUUUUGAUCAGCUUUAUUUCAUGUUUUUUAAUUAGUCUUUUAUAUUUCUCACCUUUCCUGAAAGCACCUUAAAUUUAUUUCUCCAGUCUUGCUAGUUCAGAUCUACUUGCGCAGAAGUGAUAAGUAUAUCCAAUACAAAGUCUAAUUCUUUUAAACUUCAAGGCUUUGUAAUUUAAGUAUUUCAUUUAUUUUGUAUCCCAGACACGCAUUUCUGUAUCAUAUCAAGAAAGCCAAAGAAAGUUAGUGGCUGGUAUUUCCUACUGAAACAAGUGAGAUAUUAGUUGCAUCUAAAUAAAUACAGUGUCCUUAAUUUAUGGAGGAGUCAUGUAUGGCUGUGUAAUUUGUUGAAUUCAGGAGCUGUGUAAUUUGUUGCUAUGUGCAGGCUUUCUGGCUAAGGUAAUUUAAAGAAAAAAUCAUGUAGGAUCUUCAAACUAGUCUACACUUUUUGUUUGAAACAUUUCUUAUAACUAUUUGCAACAUCAAGGUUUUUAAAGAGUUUCAAAAAUUCUCUGAUAGAGUUAAAAGUUGAAUUCUCUUUUGUUAUACCAUUGUUUCUAGAAUUUUAUAAUUAGGUAUUUUUUCCCAUUGCAAGUUUUUUCUUUCAUACUUGUAUGACUCCUAAACAGGACAUGGCUAAGAUAUAUCUGUUGGGUUUUUUCUCCUAUUAAUCGUGAUCUUUAAUGUAUGAAAUGAUCAGUUAAAUCUUAAUUCCAAUUAGAUAUUGAAAACUUAAGGAAUUAUAGGAAAUGAAUGCUGGUAACCUGCUAGCACACCAAAUAUUUAAUAUUUCCUACUGCAUUCUCGAAUGUAUCUUUAGGGUAGGCAUAUCAGGUUGAGAAAAUUCACCAUUAAUUAGCCAUUGAAAUACACCAGAGGGACAUAUUUCAUUUCAAUAGUGGGUUAUGAGCACAAUAAACAUUGUCCAUAUUUCUGGGAAAGGAAUGUUUGAUAUGAAUUCUUUGUUAUAUAAUUUAGCUGAAUUUAUAUGGAUGGAAAACUCUAGGCUGCGGCUUCAUUAUUAAGACAGUUGACAGUGGGUUGCUCACUUCCAUUAUUCCAUUAUUAUACAGAAGCAGCAAGAGAGAUUGCUCCUUAGCCAGGAUAUUUUUUUCAGUUAUGUUUUUUUGCCUAAAGGUUACAGACAGUCUUUACCUUAUAAUGAGCUUCAGGCCAUCUACAUCUAAUCCUGGCCUCAUGUACCGAUGUCUGAAGCUGCCUUUUUGGCUAGAAAACUAAUUAGGCUUUCAGUUUGGAUUCUGAAAAUCUGAAGCUGGAAUAUAAUUCAAGAUGGACUAUUUUUGUGUGUGAAAAUAUACCUAAUUAGUUCAGCAUUAUUAUUUUUUCCUCAAAUAAUUGCCCAGUUUGAGCUGGGUUUUCAGAAGUCAUUUGGGCAACUAGAGAACUGAAUGUGAUCAGGGAAAAGCAGAUUUGGUUAACAUCAAACUGCAAGAGGCAUAGUGUAAGAGAACCUGUGGAAGGUUUUUGUGCAAAAUGAUUUAAAAUUUCAAGUGACCAGCUGUUUUACAUUACAUUUGACAUAUUAAAAAGUUUCAUUGUUAUAUACAGCAAAGUCUCCUAUAUAAAUAGCCUAUGAGCUCAUAUAUGCAACCAGGCAGGGAACUGCUAGAUAGAAUUUCCUUUUUUUCUUUUGGUAUAUUGUCUAGAACAGAUAUGCCCAAAGGACCAUUGUGGAUAUUCUGAGGGCCGAUAAAUUCUGUAGACACUUUUUUGCAAAUAUAUCUUCACAUCUUAGGCCGCAUUCACUGAUAUUAUUAAUCUACAGUAUAUUGCAUCGUCUUAAGCCAACUGUGUAGUAACAGUCACCCCAAAAUUUGCUAAAUUGCUUAGAAAAUAAGGGCUGUUCAGUACAUUGCAUCUUUUUUUCCCCAGUCUGUUCUAAGUUAGCCGAAUUUUUCCUUAGUUAAUAUCAAAUAGCAUAUCAUUUCUGGGCAUCUGCUUUUUCUUUUUUUAAAGAGUGGAGUUUAUUUGCAAGGAGAAGUAUAGAGAGAGAUAACCAUAUCAUCACUUUCCCACCUAGCAAAACGUUGAAGCUCUAGAAAAAAAGAUGGAUAGAUGGCCAAGCUCCUAUAGCACACAAUGCAUUAGCAUUCAUUGGCAGUGCUAUUUGACGACUUCCGUUCUUCCUGUUAACAGUAUUAACCUACAGACCUCUUGCAAUACACACCUUUAGACUGAAAUAUGUUUUAUAAAUGCACCUUUAUUUACUAGUAUGAUUUUAAAAGUGCACUAAUGUUCAAUACUAUACAUACAUACACACAUAUAUAUAUAUACCAGAACAAUUUUGUUGUUGUUGUUGUUGUUGUUAUUGUUGGAGAAAAUGGAUAGGAAGGGUUGCCAGUUCCUUUCCAGCUUUUAAUUUAAUACCCAAGCCUUGUCACUCAAUAUAUGCAAUAUUGUAUGUACUGAGGCUGCUUACUGUCUUAAUACAUAUAGAUCCCUGUUUUUGUUUUUAUGCAUCUCCUUCAGCAGGUUUAUCACCCUUCCUUUUUUCUAUCCAUUUAUACAUGCACAAGCAGCUCUGGAAAGGAAUGUAGAGAGCAGGAACAUUUUUUUUAAAAAAAACGGUGCCUUUCCUGCAUUUCAGUGUUAUGUGAUAGAACUUUCUUCGAUUGUUCUUUGGGUUGAGUGUAUUUAUCUUAAGAUCUCUGUCCUUCAUCUAUGUUACCUUCCCUUUGGAUUGCACUAAUGUGUCUUUAUGUUAUGAAAUAUUGCUGUUAUUCAUGUAGACUACAUUGACAGUUGAAAUGCAUUGUGCUGCCUUUACAAAAAUUUAAAGCUGCUUUUUUUUCACACUCUUGUAAGUAUCGGCUUGUUCUGCUGUAGAUUUCACUUUGUAUUGAGGCAGAUGUAGGAAAUGUGGCACUAUGGGAGAAAACCUGAGGGAAUAUUGCCUAGUGAUUACAUUUGUAUCACUGCUUUUAUCAUCUCGUGGUUAGAGAUGAAGCUUUUGGAAGAGUUGGUCAGUUUUAUGGGAGAACUGCUUGGAAGAGAUGGAAGGGAAGAAGCCAGCCUCACUCAUAUUAAGCCUCAUUGCAGGAGCAACUGCAUCUGGAACAAGUUUUACAAUUUGAUCAUGAUUCUCAAUUGUGGCUACCUGGGAGGUAGGAUUUGGCCUUCAGACCCCGGGCUGUUGACUUCUAUUUUUAAGCCAUAAGAAAUGGUCUCCCUACGUGUUCCAAGUGAAAACGAAGGAGUGCUUAGUAUUGAGUGGUUCCAAUAGGAGUCAGUUUGUUGUGAAACUUGACAGGGUCUUUCCAUCUGCAGGGGGAAAGAUGUAGAGAGAAAACUUAGAAUGGGGUAGCUUGGACCAUGGCUGAAGAGAGAUCUUUGGCAGUUCCAGUCCGGUUAUCAUUUCAGAUAAAUUGAUUGUGUCCUACAUUAACAUUCAACAUCAUAGAUAAGGAGUAAAACUAGUACUGAGUAGUAAGGAUACCUCUGGCUAAUCCUCUCUACCAGUCAGACUGGGGCAAAACUUAAUGGUGGCUCAACUGUGAGAGGCUGGGAAAUGGAAUGAAAUAUUUGUCCUCCAGCAACUUCAGACUCUGAAGUAGAGUCAAUUCCUGGUUGUGUUGAUUCAUUUGAGUGGGGGUGGGGGCUAUGAUUUAUGACACUUAAGAUUUUUUUUUCAGAGAAAGUUUACUGCUGGAAUGAUUGAGUUGUUGCAGGUACAUAGACAAGGAAAAGAUGCUUGGCUGGACCUGGCAGUUGAGAAGUCAGUUCUGGAAAUUUGGCUUUCAACAUUGUCAGUCUUCUGAAUUGUUUUGGUAGCAGUACCAUAAAAAUGAAAUUAUCAUUGUCUCACAAUAGAGUGGCCUUCCUUAUUUAGAUACCUCCAAUUACAAAACCAUAUGUCCUGCUACCUUGGUUCCCUUACAUAUUCUUGUCUGUACUGUAUUAGCUCCUAUGAAGGACUUGCUUUGUAGUUGUUUGGUGAGUUGCUUGGUGUUUUGACCUGAUCUUAAAAUAUGUGCUUGCGGUUGGGAGCUUUUUUAAUAUCAUGCCUAUUUUUUUUUAUUUUUUCCACCUACAGAAACCCUCUAGACCAUCAGAUAAGGGGAAAGAAUAUGAAUUUUGCUUUUAACCUCCAUUAGGCAACUUUGCCGGUCUAUUUGCAAUGAUUUGGGCUUUCUUUAACAUUAAUAUCAUGAAGCAGCUGCCACUUUUUGAGAUCCUAAGCAUGUGUUCUACCUAUCUGUGUGUUUCAAUAACAACUUGUUUGACUGUCCUGAGCUACCAAAAUUACUUGUUUGUCACUUUGCCAAUAAAAUGUAUUUUUUUUCCUAUAAGAAUGAAAUUCUAGGAUUUACUAGAUAUUAAUUUCCCCCAAAGUAUGAUUUCUCACCAAACCGCCAUUGUAGUGAUUUUAAAAACCUAUCUGUAUAUAGGUAAACAAGAUAAUAAUGGUUGUAAGUUCGGAUAUCGUUUGGAAGGAAGGAGGUCGGGAUGUUUCCCUUCGGUCCGGAACAUGCUUCCAAGGCUACAAAACCAGUGUACAGUUGUUAAACAAGUUGUAAAUAAAGGCUUCUAUAAAACGU